UGCGCCAAGUAUACUACGGGAGCAAAUCGGGCAAUGAAUUACUAGCUAGUAUCUAGGACACCAAAGUAUCUAGAUAGGCAGCUAAUUAUCGAAUAUAAACCAGGGAGGAGAAUCAGGAGUCAACACCAAGAAAGAUCUCUCGAUAAACUGGUGAAAUAAAUGCCUUUACGCUGAAAAAUGGGUGGAGAUGUGUGUAAAUAGAAGCUAGCGAGAGUAGCUAGCUAACGUUAGCAGGCUGCCAACGCAAUUGUCAAAGCCAGCUAGGGCUUUUUUGUUACUGCUGUCAUUAGCUAACUGGUUAGUCGCUGCUAAUGUGAGAGCAAUAACAACUAGCCAGUUAUUCAUUGCUUAACCGUGACAUCUCGUCGUGUGUUGAUAGCUAGUUAACUAUUUAACUAGCUUGCUAUUAUGACAGUCGAAACCUUGUUAGCUAGUAGCGCCUGGAAAUCGAACGAGCAGGCUCUUCAAGAGGAUAGCUUUAGUUAGCCUAAGUUGGCUACGGUCAUUCAAUUAUCCAAAGCUGAUAGUAAACAACAUCUAGACGUUAUUGUGAAUAGGUAUUGAUUGCAAACCAGUCGACACUUGGCUAACAUCACCGGAAAAUGAAGAAGUUCUUCGAUUCACGCCGGGAACUUGUGAGUUCCGGGCCUGGUUCUGGAGCGGGUGGAGGAGGCGCUGGGUCCGGCAGCAGCGGUGGUAGUUUCAUUGGACGGGUUUUCACCAUUGGACGGUAUCAAGUGACCGUUGAUGAAACUGUUGCUGAAGGAGGCUUUGCCAUUGUGUUCCUGGUGCGGACCCACCAGGGGGUGCGCUGUGCCCUGAAGAGGAUGUACGUCAACAACGAGCACGACCUGCAUAUCUGCAAGCUAGAGAUCCAGAUCAUGAGGGACCUUGUGGGCCACAGGAACAUUGUGGGUUUCCUGGACUCCAGUAUAACUGCAGUGGGAGCAGGAGAUGUCUGGGAGGUCCUCAUCCUCAUGGACUUCUGUCGUGGUGGUCAGGUGGUGAACCUGAUGAACCAGCGUCUGCAGACAGGCUUCACUGAGGCAGAGGUGCUGCAGAUCUUCUGUGACACCUGCGAGGCCGUGGCCCGCCUCCACCAGUGCAAGACGCCAAUCAUCCAUCGAGAUCUCAAGGUGGAGAAUAUCCUACUCCAUGACCGGGGACACUACGUGCUGUGUGACUUUGGCAGCGCCACCAACCGCUUCCAGGACCCUCAGACAGAGGGCGUGCCACUGGUGGAAGAGGAAAUCAAGAAGUACACUACUCUGUCAUACCGAGCCCCAGAGAUGAUCAACCUUUACAAUGGCAUGGUCAUCACUACAAAGGCAGACAUCUGGGCUAUGGGCUGCCUGCUGUAUAAACUGUGCUACUUCACCCUGCCGUUUGGGGAGAGCCAGGUGGCCAUCUGUGAUGGCAGCUUCACUAUUCCAGACAACUCCCGCUACUCCCAGGACAUGCACUGCCUCAUCAGAUACAUGCUGGAGCCUGACCCUGAAAAGAGACCAGAUAUCUAUCAAGUGUCCUACUUCGCCUUCAAGCUGGCCCGUAUCGAAUGCCCCAUCCAGAACAUACAUAACUAUCCUAUUCCUACAAAACUUCCUGAACCAAUCAGAGCCAGCGAAGCUGUGGCCAAAAAGAGUCAAUCCAAAGCCAGGCUCUCAGACCCUGUCCCCACAACGGAGACGUCCAUCACGCCCCGGUCACGACCCAAAGCUGGAGGGGCCCAGCCCAUAGGCAUCCUGCCCAUCCAGCCGGCCCUCACCCCACGCAAGAGACCCAGCGUGGCUGCAGGAGGUGUUUUAGGCGCUGCCCAGCCGGCUGUUGCUGUUCAAUUAGUCCAGCAGGUGCCUGCUGCACAGGCCACAUCCCCACUGGCUCAGACCGCCCCUUCGCAGCCCAUGGCCACGCCCCAGCAUCAGCAGGGUCUCUUCAUGAAGCAGCAGGCUGCAGCCUUCUUCAGCCCACAGCAGAAGACCAACCAGCAUCAGCUGGUGCAGACCAUCUACAAACAACAGCAGCAGCCUCCCAUCCCGACCCCCCAGGGCUCUGUGGCUGUGCAGUCCAAAACGAAUCCUGUGGCUCCUGUUGCUCCUCUGCAGCAGCAGCCAGCCAGCCCUGCGGCAGACCCCCCCUCCCCCCAACCACCAGCCCCCCCUCAGCCUGCAGCCCCAGGACCUACAGCCACAGGACCUGCACUUGACUGUGACUCUGAGCCCACGCAUCUGGCUCCUGGACGUGGGCUCCACAAGGUUGGCUCCCUGACGCCCCCCUCCUCCCCAAAGAUGGCCCCCCGAGGCAGUCACAGACGCAUCCUGAGCGACGUCACCCACAGUGCUGUGUUUGGGGUCCCAAUCAGCAAGUCAACCCAGCUACUGCAGGCGGCUGCAGCCGAGGCCAGCCUCAACAAGUCCAAGUCAGCCAGCACCACCCCCUCUGGCUCCCCCUGCUCCUCCCAGCAGAGUGUGUACCAGCCAGGGCAGGGCGGUGCCCAGACAGCCCCCUCUGCACCCACUGGCAGCUGGAACCCUUUUGGUGACGACAACUUCUCCAAGCUCAGUGCCGAGGAGCUGCUCAACAAGGACUUUGCCAAGCUGGCCGAGACUACAACAGGGGAGAGGGCCAGCCUCUCUACAGAGAACCUAAUUUCAGGGCUGCAGCCUGUCUCUGCUGCUGGGUCCACAGGCAAGGCUUUCCCGGCUGAGAGAGGUGCUGACAUCCUGGGUUUGGAUGCAGGCUCAGCGAUUUUGAGUGUCCCGGACCCCUUUAACGCCCUCUCCCUCUCUGACACCACAGAGAAGCUGAUUGAGGGACUGAAGUCCCCCGAGACAUCUCUGCUGCUCCCUGAUCUUUUACCCCUGGCUGACCCCUUCAGCAGCUCUGCAGAGGGCAACAGUAAUGCAGCAAAGGCUGAGAUGUGUGUGGACUCUCUGAUACCGGGCCUGGAGACAGUCUCAGCCAGCCUGCCAGAGCCUCUGGCUGGAGAGGACUCUCUGCUGGGCUGCUCUUUGCUGUCUCACACCUCCACCCCUGGGGAUCAAACUGUCUGUGCACCCCCCUCCUGCUCCUCUGCCCCUCCUGGCUCUGCUUCCUGUCUGGACAAACUAGCUCCAGUCUCAUUUGGCACUGCCCAGGCAUCUGCUGACUCUGCUUACCUCAUGUUGGGCUUCCAGCCGCCCGAGGCUGGGGAGAAGGGCACUGAGGACGAAUUUGACCCCAUCCCCGUGCUCAUCUCCAAAAACUCCAACAACCAAGAGCUGAAAGGGGAAAGGAAAAGCUACGCUGUGCUAGACAAGGGGAGGUCAGAGAAUGAGCUGCCUGGAGAAGGCCACAGAGCAGAUGAGGGCUGUGUCCACUCCAGCGAUGAGGAAUUUGAGGAGGAAGACAAGAGAGAGGAGGAGCAGGGCAGGAGGGCCAGUGAGAGUGAUGAGGUGGUCCAUGACUGCAGUGGUUCCAGACCUUUGCUGCUGGAUUCAGAUGAAGAGGAAGAGCAGGGGUCUGAAUUACCCCUCCCACCCUCCCAGCCAUCCCUAUCACACCCACAACUCUCCACUCCCUCCCACCAACCUACCCCAGGCCCACGUGCCCCAUCCCAGAAUCAUUCCCACCAGAUGCCCCAGCAAGCCAGGGAGGUUGACGUUGUCGCUGAUGUCUUCUCGAAAGCCCCUUUCAGGGUUGGACAGGAAGAGGCAGGUGACGUGUUCGCAAAUGCCCCGUUCCCACGUCACCCUGUUGUGACACAACAGCAUCCAGAUGUCUUCCUGCAGGCCCCCUUUGUGAAGCCCAUGACCCAACACCCUCACCCAGCUGUGCUUUACCCUGUGGCUCCUGAACCAGCCCUCUCGAGCCAGGUGGCCCCGCAGCCUUUCCGCCCACAGGCCCUGGCCAAGUACUCCCGACACUUUCAGGGCCCAUUGCCUCAGCAGCCUGUGACAGCUCAGAGGGUGUUGUCCAACGUGAGCAGGCAGACUGCUGUGAGCUCAGUACCUGUGGGACCCUUACACUCCUGGACUUCAGAGGUAAGUGCAGUAGACCCCUUUGUCUCUGCGCCCUUUCACCUUAAGGCCCCGCAAGAGAAGCCCUGAAAGCUCCCAUCCUUUCUUACAAAGCAGGGGAGCCAGCAUUGGAGGCCACACCUGUGCACACUACACUAAAGCAUACACACAGCAUGCUGUCACCAGCACCGGGGCUGGACUGCAGGGUGUCAUAGAACUCUUAAGAUCUUAUCCUUUACAAACUCGGAUCAGUCUUGAUAUUGCGCAAGGUCAUCAAUGCGCUUUUUUGCUGCAGUAGAAUAAAGGGGUUCAAGUUAGUCCCAGUUGUCCCGGUGCUGGUUACUGUCAUAUCCUUUGGUGUGCACAGAGGAUAUGGCAGUCAUGUUUUUUUUCUGCCUACCUCAGUUUGUCCUCAGCUUUUCUAUCGGAGCGAAGACAUUGCUUAGAGAGCUUGUCGGGGGCCAGUGUUGGAGGAUUAGAUACAGACAGGACACACACAUAGGCUUUACUGCUCGAUUCAAUUUGACCCUCUGCUCCUUCUCUCAGUCCAUUAUCCAUUGAUCUGUGAUGUCCAAUAAGUAUUCCCAUGACAGCCCUGGUCUCUCAGGGUGAUGAUGUCACUACUUAUCCAGGGGUUAUCCUCUCACAGGUGGUUCCUCUACAUGUCUUAUAUACUUCUGAUGUUUUGGAAGUAAUCUGAUGACCAUUUUAGCCCAUUGAGUGGUGUAUACUUUUUACUAGGUAGGUUCAUGUACAUCUGGCGGUGCUGUCAUAUUUGAUCAUUUAUUAUAAUAAUCAGAUGCUGGAUUAUGUUGCACAUGUCAAGCUAUAGUGCAUUAUGAGUUGACAUUUUAGCCUUUGUUUUGAUUCAACACAGAUUGUCUUCUUAUUCACUUGUGUUUAUGGUCACCUGACUCACAGUACUGCUUAAGUCAGCCUAAGGCAUCUGUCACUUAAUGUACAUGCAGGGCAUAUAGUACAUAACAUACCUUACUGAGGCCAAAGGUCAGAGUUUCUCCUUAAACUUGUCCUCUCUUGUGGGUGCCUCUGCUGUAUGUAAUUGUGUUGGUUUACUUUAAUUUUGAACUGAGCAGGUUGUUAAUGUUGUAGCAGAGAAGCCUUACAGAAGUCCUCCACUCUCAUGACCAGCCAGCACUAUUGGCAAAGUCACAAUCAGCACCUCCACUACACUCCCAGUCAGCACCUCCACUACACUCCCAGUCAGCACCUCCACUACACUCCCAGUCAGCACCUCCACUACACUCCCAGUCAGCACCUCCACUACACUCCCAGUCAGCACCUCCACUACACUCCCAGUCAGCACCUCCACUACACUCCCAGUCAGCACCUCCACUACACUCCCAGUCAGCACCUUCACCACACUCCGUCAGCAUCCUUUGCUAAUGCUACGUAACGCUAUGCACUCACAAUCAACACCUGCUCAUUCACAAUCAUUUUCUUAAUGAGCAAUUCUACAUUCUACCUGCACUCGAUUCACUAAGAUUUGAAACCCUUUACAAUCAGCAACCAAUUCUACCUUUACAAAUCAGCACCCCCAUCUCAGAACAUAUCAGAAUAACUACAACCCUGUCAAGCACCUCAAGCGAAACACACAACUUUCACGUUAGGCAAGUCACACACACUUACCUACACAUGCUCAAAAGACAAUUCCAAGUAAAGGGUCAACACAUGGUUUCAUCAUAAACCCAUAAGUGUUAAGCUUUUGCUCUUCUACACCAGAUUUUGCAUUCCUUUUUUUUAUAGCGAUAUGAAAUGCUGAAAUGGUAUUCCACUGACUAUUGUAGAAUCUUGAAGCACUUUUCAAUGUUUGCGAUCCAUUACAUUACCUAGUGAUGGUGUGGACCAAUACAGACUUUCUCAGCUACUUGAUCCAAAGUAAGAACCCCGUCUUAAAAGGAGAAAUUAUUCUGAGUUUGCUUUUUGUCAUUCUAUGUGAUUACACUUUGUAUAACAUGUUAAUUCAUCUGCCGUGCAAAUGAAGACUGAACACUGCAUCAGCAGCAAUGAUAAUGUACUCUACAUGUGUUGAGGUGACACAGCUUUCUGAAGUUGUUAAAAUGUUCCUUUCCUGGAAAACUUAAAAGCAGCAUUUUUGUUUGAUUUAUGUCUGACUGUAGUAUGUUGUGUGGUGGCUGAUUCUACAGCAAGCCUCACCUGCUGAAACCUAAAGGCAUCCAUAUCAAAAUACUUGAGUCAUGCAAAGCUUGCCAUUGAACACCAUCAAAUGUUGUAUGUCCUUAAGUAAAGAUAAAUAAAUGUAUGCAAAACAAGUAAA